AUGAGUGUGAUCGACAUUUUGUUCAGGAUCGAUGAUAUUUGCAAGAAGUACGACAAAUACGAUGUCGAAAAGCAACGGUCCAUUAAUGCCUCGUCCGACGAUGCUUUCGCGCGGCUCUAUUCCUCUUUUGAAUCUCAGAUUGAAGCCAUUAUCCGGAAAUCGGAAUUGGCACAGAUGGAAACAAACAGGGCAACUUUGGUGGCAUUGAAUGCAGAGGUGCGCCGGACCAAGGCCAGACUCCUGGAUGAAGUGCCUAAGCUACAGAAACUUGCUCAAAAAAAGGUGAAAAAUCUCUCUAGAGAAGAAUUAGAAGCUCGUACGGAUCUUGUUCUUGCACUCCCUGAGAGAAUUCAAGCAAUACCUGAUGGGAGUAGAAGUGCAUUCAAACAAUCAGCCUGGAGCGCUUCGAAUAAGAACAUCAAAUUCGACUCUAGUGAUGGACACUUCGAUAACGAUUUCUUUGAACAAACUGAAGAAUCAAGUCAAUUUAGGCAAGAGUAUGAGAUGCGGAAACUAAAGCAGGAUCAAGGUCUAGAAGUCAUAUCAGAUGGCCUGGAUAUGUUAAAGAAUUUGGCAAAGGAUAUGAAUGAGGAAUUGGAUAGGCAGGUCCCACUGAUUGAUGAAAUAGAUACAAAGGUUGAUACAGCAACAAGUGAUCUGAAACGCAAUAAUGUCAGGCUCAAGGAAACACUUACUAGGGUGAGGUCCACGCAGAAUUUCUGCAUUGAUAUCAUUUUGCUGUGUAUUCUUCUGGGCAUCGCACUCUAUUUAUACAACAUAUUGCGUUGA